AGAAAACGUGUUCUAUAUUAAAUUCAGUCAACAUAGUUACUAAAUUACUUGGAUAUUAUUACGUAGUAUCCAGUCUAUACAAACAUACAGAUAGAUAUUUAAUUAAAAAAACUUUGUUUCUAUCCAAUUAGAUUAAAUUACAUAAUAUUUAUUUAUUAAUAGUUACAUUGUUAUUAGUUUCUUAUGAAAGAAACCAUUUUUAUACUGAACACUUUAUACAAACAAAUAAUGUUAUGGUUAGAAAUUCUAAUUUGGAGUAUAUUUUUUCAUCUAUUACAAGCUUUUAUAACACAGGAUCAAGAAUGUCUUCAAUCAAUCAAAGCUGAUAUUGUUUUUCUUUUAGAUGGAACUCAAUUAAUUGAUAAAUUUUCAUUUGAUUAUUAUGUGAAAGAUUAUUUGAAUGAUUUUGCUAAAAAGUUAUCGAUCAAAAGUGAUGGAGUAUUAAUUUCGGUCAUUUUAUUUACGGAUCAACUAUAUUUUGCAGUGAAACCAGAACAUUCUAUAAAUUUGCCUAGUUUAUUAAUGGCAAUAAAUAAUAUGAAACAACCUGAUAAAAAUUUAAUGAAAUCCGAUAUCAUCUAUGCAAUUUCAAACAUUUUAAAUUUUGGAUUUAUUCCAAUACAUAAUGCAGAUACACAAAAUAUUACACGAAUGCUUAUUCUACUUACAAAUGGUAAUAUUCCAGAGAAAAUACAACAUAAAAAUAAUCAGAUUCUUAUUAAAUCAGAUGAAAUUAUACAUAAAUUACAUAAACGUGUAGAUUAUGUGUUUAGUAUAGGAGUACCAGGUGCUAAUCAACUAGGUGUACGUAGAUUAGCUAAACCUUCACAUUAUACUUUUACACUAACUGAAUUUAAUGGUUAUAAAGAGUUAGAUUUAAAAAAUUUCGAUCCUACUGAAGUAAUUUGCCCCGUGAAAAUUCCAAAAUAUUGUAGUGAAAUUAAAAGAUUACUAACAUUAAAAAAGCCCAUUGAAAAAGUGAAUGGACAAACAGCCGCUGUAAAUCCCUGGUAUCAAUAUGCAUAUCAACAGAGACGUUCAGGUACGAGACAAACGAGAUAUCGAUAUCCUUACAGUGAUUAUGAAUAUUAUUACGAUUAUGGUGAUUAUAAUGAAAGAAAACAGCUUCCGGUACGUCCAGUUAGUGUACCAUAUCAAAAAAGCAAAACAAAUGAUGAAGCAUUAAACGCAAAGCUUAUAGAAUUAUUGUAUUUACUAAAAGAUCAUGACAGUAGGCAAAAGAAAACCAGUUUAGUAAAGUUGAACCCCAUCAUUACAGCUACCACCACAGCUCCAACCAUCAUAUCUACACUUUCACCAAACUACUAUAAAUCCUUACAACGUAAAUUAAAGAGCAAAAAAUUUAAUAGAGCAAGAUAUAGCUCAUCUCCUAUAUCACCUUCAUAUUCAAUAUCUGAUGAUACUAGACAAACGAUACAAAAAGAACCACAUACAAAUUACUCAAUAAUGAUGAAUCAAUCUAAUUUAAACAAUACAACUGAAAAUAAUUGUGAAGUAAAAUUAAAUAAGAUGGCAAAUCUAUUAUUAAAAUUAAUUGAACAAACUCUUCAUAGAAAUUAUUCAAGUUCAGCAGUCCAAGGAAAUUCGAGUAUUAAUAAUAGUUCCACUGAAUUACUGAAACCAGCCAGUAUAAGUUAUUCAUUAAAUAGUUCACAAUAUCCUUACCCAGGAGUAUCUACACUCAAAAAAGGAGAACCUUUAACAUCAAUAAACGAAAGCUACGGGGGAAAUAAACCACCGCUAAGCAAUGAUAACAAUAAUUCACAAAUUAGUAAACAGUAUAAAGAUCGAAGUUACCAUUCAACUUAUAAAGCACAUUUUCAAGCUACAGAUUGGGAAGAUUCUGCUAUGCACAAUGGAGCAAUUCUAAUGUUUGCAAUGAAGUCUCGUUCUGGGUUAUCAAUAAAUAAGAUGUACUUUUCCAGCAGGAAUGUUACAAACAUAUCAAAUAAAAAUACAGAUUCCAAUGAAAUAACAACUAAUCAUACUACUGGCGACAUGGAUAUAAGUAGUAAGAUGUCAAAUAGUUGGUAUAAGCAUGAUUUAUUUGAUCAGUGGUAUAGUGGAUCAUAUAAAUAUGUAUUAUUUGAAUUAUGGUCUAAUAAUAAUCCAGUCGUUCAACUAAGAUUCAAUGCACGAUACUCAGAUAAGUAUACAUGGUUCAAUAAAUUGUUUUUAAAAACUUCGUAUCCUUGGAAUGAAUAUGAACUUUUGGAAAAGGCUAAAUUCAUCCUCACAAGCAAUGAAGCAUUCUCCGUAGUUUUUGAUCCAAAUUAUAUUGUCCUUUUAUCAUCGGUUGAUUAUAGUACAAUUGAAAAGUUGAAGAGAGAACGAAUAGAUUGUGAAUUCCUACGAGGUUAUAUAUUAAUUGUUGACAAUCCUAACUCAGCAAUUUCCCGAUGUGAAUGGAAUAAUGCAAUCAAUUCGAAAUAUAAUAAUUUCCCAAACACCAGUAAUUAUCAUGAUUAUCCACAAAUUUUCUACACAUUGCCAAUAAAUUCACAUCAAGAAGAUAGUUUAAAUUAUCAAUUACCACCAAAAUUUUCAAAUUAUUUAUUUACAUUAUAUGAAGCUGAUGAACUACGUAUUUAUGUCAUACCAUAUGGGUUAAUGCCUAGUAAAAAUGAUGGCAUUUUAUUACCACAGCCUAACAAAUUAUUAUUUGUCCUUGAUACAGGUAUCAAUUUAUCAUUUAAAAAAUUAUGGUAUCAAGAAAUAGCCAGUCCACCUAGUGCAUUUCCACUAAAACGUAAAAUCCUAUGCCAGUGUUGGUAUCGUAACGAGUUAUUAAACAACUGGUAUAAACCCAAAACACAUUAUCAUACGCAAAAUACCAACCAUUUUUUAACAUCGAAUUUAUUUUUCGGUUUCCAAAGUAUUAAGAUUGAAUUACUUGAUCAAAUUGGUCAUGUGAAAUGUUGUUUAAUAUUUGAUACACAUGGUGCACAAGUAAAUUCUUGGUUUUCACUAACACGCUUAAAAUAUUCCUGGCCGUGGUCAAUUAAAACAUUAACUAAAUAUAAUUUUGUACAAUUUGGUGAUCAAAUAUUAACUAGUGGUAAGAAACAUUAUUUAUCGUUGAGAAAUUGGUCGAAUUUCAACUUUUGGAUUGGUAAACAAACGUUGUUAAUUGAACCAUCAUCCAAUGCGAAACGAACUACUUAUGCAAUAAAAUGUUUAAGUAUAUUUCUAGUUUACAGUAAAAAUAAUGAAUCUGACCAUUUUAAAUUACCGGAAUGUAUGAAAGGUCAAACUAAUUUAUUUAAGGAUACAACCACAUUAACAAUAUUAGCUUUUAAUGAAGAAUUAACAGAACUGAAUAAUAUGAAAAAAGCUCAACAAAUUACAAUCUGGUCAAAUUAAUAAAAAAACCAAAAUACUUUAUACAAUAAACAAUCGUACAUAUAAUUUAUUUGUACCAAACGAAAAUCUUCACUGCUUUAAGGUUUAAUUUAUCGUGACAGUAAAUAAAUAUAUAUCACCGUA